GUAGAAAUACAAGUGGACGGAUGGCAUCCAGAUCUUGUGUGGAACGAGACAAGAUGUCCAACAGAUUUUUAAACCGGUAUGGCCGAAUCCCACCAAAGUUAGGUGCUCCAUUCCAACCUGCUGCUACCUUCCCCGACAUUGUUGCCAUGGGGGAAAUUGGUGCUGCUACGAAAUGGUUCCGAAUGGGAAAUCAUUUUUCUGCUAAAGUCGGAAGAGGUGUUCAAAAUAGUAAAUAA